AUGGCCACAUCCCUUCGGCCUCACCGUCUGCACCUGCUGCUGCUGCUAGUGCUAGCAGUGUGCAUUAGCGUUUGCGAUUCAACAAGCGCCCGUGCGCAAGCGCGAUUCUAUCUGCCCGAGGCAACGCAGCCGCAAAAGCUCAAACCAGUGCUGCAGCAACUGCAGGCGCUCGGUAUCUCGCAAUUCCAAGCCGCUGACUCCCAGCCCUCUUGGGGGAAGCUGCUGUCCGACAGCUCGGAGUUUGACCUCGUGUGGAGUACGGCCGCAGCACCGCCAUUCGAGCAGCUGGAGCUCCCGCACCAGUUCGAUGCUAAGGUGAACCACUUACCGGGUGCUGAGAAGCUUACGUCGCCUGACGCACUUGGCCAGCACUUGGUAGCGCAGCAGAAGAAACGCACCAAGUUCUUCUUUGAUUUUGUGCCGGCACACUUUGAGCUGCCGCGCGACCAGGCGCAACUGACCACCGCUUACACGGAGGCGCGUAAGAAAUCCGAUUUUUCGCCCAAACGCGGGCGCGAUCCGCACGUACAGCGGCGCUUUUUGCUGCGUGAUCGUGCUGUUAAUGGCGAUGAUGACUCAACCACACGUGCUGAAGUUUUCGUUACGGAUGAAGAUCUGCAGUUCAAGUUGCAGUCGAAUACAUUUAAGGGGAAAACAGUUGUGGUGGAUCAGUACGUCGAGCCGCUGCUGCUGGACAACCACAAGUUUCGUGUGGGAUUCUACGUGGCUGUGACGUCGACGGACCCGCUUCGUGUUUACGUGUAUGACCACCCGCUGAUCCAGAUUGCCAAGGGCGAGUAUCCAAGUACGUUGAAGGUUGAGACUGACCCAGCCACUUACAACUUUGAUCAGUACAUCGCUCCAUGGGACUUUCCCGAUCUGCAGACAGAUUUCCAUGAACUUCCGUCGGCCACACGGGAAGGAACGAACGCGUGGUAUGUUCUAAAAAAAUACUUACGUAGACAGGGAAUCGACACGAAGCAUUUGCAGGACGAGGUUGAAGCUGCGAUUGCUAAAGUGGUGCUCAGCAACCGUGGCAACUUUCAAAGUGAACAAAGCAAGGUGAAGCGCUCAGCUGCACGUGAAGGAGAGGGAUCUACCCCGAAUGAUCUGAGUGAUAGCUUCUUCGAUCUGUGGAGGUUUGACUUUGAGUUGGACGAUAUGGCCAAGCCGUGGCUUGUUCGUGUGGUUUCCAAUCCGUCGAUGGAAGGCACGCAGUCCGUACUCGCUACGGAUGAGGCUAUUAAAAAGCGUUUGUUGCACGACCUACUUAAUCUAGUGGGUGUUCACCCUCAGGCUCGACUUCCGUUCGAGAAGUUUUAUCGCCCGCCAGCUGAUGCAAGGUUUUGCUCGGAUAAAUGUCGUGACAAGAGUCGUGCAUGGGAUACGUCGUGCUGGUCAUGCCCCGGGUGGUUCGCGCCAAACGUUGCGCGUAAACUCUUCACAGCAACAACAGAAUACGCUCGACGAGGAGGUUUCAACCUUAUCUUCCCGUCGUUGGAGCAGGAAUUGUCCAAGUUUCUGGACACUGAGCUGUCUGAGUUCGACAUCGCAUUUAAUCGGUACCUGAAGUCUCUUUCCAGUGGGUAUUCGAAUCUGGAAGACUUUCCGGCGUCUGACCGUGCUGUCGUGUGCGUGUAUCGCGAGCAUUGCAGUAACCACGGCGACUGUGUCAAUGGCAUGUGCUUGUGCGACAGCAGCUAUGAAGGUCGGACUUGUUACAUCCCGAAGGACUUUGACCAAGUGGAUCACACUCAGCAUGAUACUGGAGAUACGGGAGGGCAGGAUGCAGAGACAUGGAAGGAGAAGGUGGAGAACCUUGUUUGGAACCGUGGAGACGCGCCUGAAGGUCUCAAACGGCCAAUGACUGGGGUUGGAGACACUUCUGCGUCCGGCAUGGCAUUCCUGCUCGUUCUGCUAUGUGUUCUUCUGUUCGUGAUUUAUCGGGUCUUCAUUGCGCAAGGGUCUGGUGGCACUGAACUUCCUCACGACGGGAAGGCAAUGUAG